UAAACCUGGAUCAAGCAAGCAUGUGAUAAACUUAUUAAACAUGCAGACCAUAAACGUAUUUACCACCGGUUCAUCACCUCGGUGAGACACUACCGGAUAAUAGUUUUUCAUACUACUGAGACAAGUACUUACAGGACAGUGUAGUUGAGACUUACAUCAAACGCCAAAUUCGCCAACAGCUGGCACAAAUUUGUAAACGUACAAUCAAAUUCAGAACUUCAUGAAAAGUCCCAAAUCCAACUCUCUACUCUCCACAGUCUAAAUUCCACCAUUUCAUUAUUCAAACAUGGAAGACCAAAACCCUCGAUCUCAAUCUCCUCCUUAUGACCUGAUAAUCCUUGGAGCCUCAGGCUUCACAGGCAAAUAUGUAGUCAGAGAAGCUCUCAAGUUCCUCAAUUCUCCUUCUUCUCCCCUAAAAACCCUAGCUUUAGCUGGCCGCAAUCCUGCUAAACUAUCCCAAGCCCUAAAUUGGGCUGCCCAUCCUAAAUCACCUCCUCAAAUUCCUAUACUCACUGCUGAUACCACUAACCCUGCUUCAAUUCGCCACCUUUGCACCCAAACCAAGCUCAUCCUCAACUGUGUUGGCCCCUUUCGCCUCUAUGGCGAUCCUGUUGUUGCUGCUUGUGCUGAGACUGGGUGUGAUUACUUGGAUAUUUGUGGGGAGCCCGAGUUUAUGGAGAGAAUGGAGGUCAAAUAUCAUGAGAAGGCAAUGGAGACCGGCUCUUUAGUGGUUUCUGCAUGUGGGUAUGAUUCAGUUCCUGCUGAACUGGGUUGGAUUUUUAAUUCCAGGCAAUGGGUGGCUCCGGCUGUGCCAAAUCAAAUUGAAGCCUAUUUAAGCUUGGAGUCAGAGAAAAAGAUUGUUGGCAACUUUGGGACAUAUGAAUCUGCGGUUUUGGGAGUGGCCAAUGCGGAUAAGUUGCAGGAAUUGAGGCGGUCAAGACCUAAAAGAGCAAGGCCAACGAUUCCUGGUCCCUUUCCUCCCAAAGGACCAACAAUCGAACACCAAAAGGAGCUUGGCCUUUGGGCUGUAAAACUACCUUCAGCAGAUUCUGUUGUUGUUCGAAGAACCCUUGCAACUCUGACAGAAAACCCCCAUGGUCUUCCUGGGGUUAAUGAGAGUGCUGAACAGAUUGAAAAGAGAGAGGCAUUCUGGUCAAUGGUAAAGCCUGCUCAUUUUGGGGUGAAGCUAGGCGCUAAAACUGUAUUUGGUGUCUUUCGGUACAUAACAGUUGGCAUUUUCAUUGGGCUAUUGGGUAGAAAUGCCAUUGGGAGGUGGCUUCUCUUAAAAUUUCCUUCUGUUUUUAGCCUUGGAUGGUUCAAGAAAAAGGGUCCCUCUGAGGAUCAGGUCAGAAGUGCUACAUUUAAGAUGUGGUUUGUUGGACGUGGUUUUAGCGAUAUAAAUCAAGUUUUACAGACAACCACGAAACCUGACAUGGAAAUAGUAACAAGAGUGACGGGACCUGAGAUCGGCUAUUUGACCACCCCAAUCAUCUUAGUUCAAUGUGCUCUUAUCCUUCUGAGCGAACGCAACACACUACCAAAGGGAGGAGUUUUACCUCCAGGGAUCGUAUUUGGCCCCACAGAUCUGCAAGAAAGACUCCUACUAAAUGGUAUAUCUUUUGAUAUCAUUUCAAAGAAAACUCUGAAUGCUUAGAUACUGCUGGCUUGUUUGAAGCUCUAGGAAAUAGAAAAAUAUCGACUUAAUGAAUUCAAAAUCCUCUGUUUGCUCUAUUUUGUUCCAAAAAAUCUGAAGAAAUGACAGAAAUUUGUUGUUUUCUGCUAUGAGAUCAUGACUUCAUAUGAAUCUGUUGUUUUCCUCUUCAAUUUCCUCUGUGUGCUCCUCAAUCUUCAACUGUUUGUAUUACAUGUUUGUAGUUAUUUAAACAGACUGUAUAGCUUAGUCCAUAAACUAGGCAGAGCAAUGCUCAUUUAAUAUUCUCAA